UCUUAAUAAAUUGUAAACAGAAGCUAUCAAUAUAGACGCUGAACGCUGCCUCUCCCUCACUGCCCACCAGUUAUACACUGCUCCAGCAGUCACGCACCGCCCCACUAGUCAUACACAGCCCCACCAGUCGUAUUCUGCUCCAGCAGCCACUACACCAGCAGUCACACACUGCCCUCCCCAUCCCCAGUAGGGCAUCCGAGACAAACGUAAUGACGUACAGCUCAAAGCUGUGUUGAGAUGAGAUUCACGUUGGAUGCUGUGGGAAGAUCACUUGGCCCAAGGGGCCGUCAGAUUGUGGCUGCGACGAAACGGAGAGAGUCAUCCUAUGGGACGUCGGACGUGGCGUCGGAUGGUGGAGGAGCGUCGCAGGAUAUGGCAAGGACAGCUCAUGUAUCAUGGACGGUAUUAAGGACACUGGUUGUCCUUCACCUCCUCUCCCUCACCGGAUGUGUCCAGGGGCAAUGCGGAGACACUCCUCAGUACCUGGGUGCUGGCAACAGCAGCGGGCACCUAGCCUUCCCUGAGGCGAACUGGGAGGCACACAGUGGUACUUGGCAGCCCUACCAAUUCUACCCUACUGCGGUCAAGUGCACCUGGGUGCUCAAGGCGCCGCCCGCACACGUUUUGACCGCUGGAUUCCUUUUCUUUGACACCGAACAAGACUACGAUUACCUUACAAUCUACGGUAGUGAGGAGCGGACUGAGCAGCUGCUGCGUGUGUCAGGUGACCUUACUGGGGAGUGGGUGGUGACCUCGCCUGAGGACACUCUCGUAGUGGACUUCAUCAGUGAUGAGUAUACUACGUACUUCGGCUUCCUCCUGGCUUACCGCUACGAACCCAGGGCUUGUAUGGAGGGAGGUGUAAGGGUGGCAGAGGAGCAUCUCAUUGCGCUACCAGUACUCAACCUUCACGGCGUUCUCCCUGGGCCUCGCUUGGAGAAGAAGCCGUACCAGCUGACCUCCAAGAAGGAGGGCGUGAAGAAGGAGGUACCAAAGGGAGGUCCUGCAGAGAGAUAUUCCAUGGCCUGGUUGACACUGACUCAGUACCCAGCCUGGGCCAACUGUACCUGGAGGGUUGAAGUGGAUACUCGCAAUAUUGUGAAGAUGGAUAUUCUCCGCUUCAACACGGGAGUUAAGGACAUCCUGUCGAUCUGGCAGAUGGCGCCUAACGGAGGUGCCAAACCUCUGCUGCAGUACGGAGGCGACGACGUCCCCCGCAGGAGCCUCCAGUCUUCCAGACCACUGGUCAUCACUUUCGUCGCCCAGACCAAAGACCGCGGCUCAGGCUUCCUUAUCGACGUCUCUUAUAUCAUGAGAGCAUGCGAGCCACAGACACAGGAACUAAGCGCCCCGCGAGGUCUGAUAGCGUACCCACGCCACAACCUGCAGAUGGACGGUGAGUGGCGUUCCCAAGGCCACGCUCACUAUGGUCCUGACUCCUGCCAGUGGGUCGUUAAGGCUCCUGAAGGCUACGUCGUCAACGUCACCAUCCUCCACUUCGACACCCGCACAGAGGACCACCUUGAGGUGCUGGAGGGAGGAACCAAGUCGUUCUCUUACAGCGGAGGAACUCCUUCCAGGAGUAGCUUUGUCUCUCGAGGACCAGAGCUCAUCCUCAAGUUCAACCCUCAAGACGACACUGACCGCACUGGCUUCCUGCUCCAGUACUCCUGGCUGCUCAGGGACUGUGGAGGGGACAUGAAGGGUGAAGAGGGUGAGGUCAGGUCACCUUACUACCCUGACGCCUACGGCCCUAACGUCACCUGUCGCUGGACUGUGACCCCACCUGAGGGUCACAUGGUGCAUAUGCUGGUGGCCAGACUCAGACUAGAUGAAGGUGAUGCACUGCAGGUCUCUGACGGAGUUCGUGACCUGAAGGUGACAGGUACCCCAGCCUCGUCAGGACCCUUACUGGAGUUACGACCGACCCCAUCCGCCACUAUCUUCUUCAGCAGCGACCAGCAACACAACCGUGGCUACUUCCUGCUCAAGUACAUCUCCUUCAGUGAAGGCAGCUGUCAGUUCCAGCUGUCUCCUUGUGGUUGGUAUUCCAGCGAUCCUCUCCAAGCCUGGGUCUUCAGUGCGUGGAAGAGCAGGAUGGUGGUGGCGGAGGAGACAGGUGUGGGUCUGCAGCUACCCAGGGGCUACAGAGCUGUGCUCACCUCACCAUGGGUCACACCAGCAGGUAACAACGCCACUGCGUCAGGUAGAGAGGCCUCUUCGUCAGGAGUGGACAUGUGUAUGCGACUGGACUACCUGCUGGACGGGCCAGACGCCUUCCUGCUGUCAGCGUGGGUAGUGCAGGAGCAGCAGGAGGCACUACCACCAGCCUCACUCCUCUUCCUCUAUGGUCCUCAGGGUAACAGAUCUCUCACCACCGCUGUCAACUUCACCGUCAGCUCCCGCUUCAAGGUUGUGGUUCAGUACGAGAGGGGGUACGGUCCCCACUACACUGCUGGGGUGAUGGGCGUGCAAGUGGUGCAGGGGGCGUGUGGGCGUGAACUAGACAACCUGACAGCUACCUCCUGCACCUUCAGCCAUGACUUCUGUGGCUGGAGCAACACACACAGCGACCACAGGAACUGGCUACUGACGGAGAAAGGUAUCCUGGCGGAGGUGCGUAGCGGCACCGCCAGCGGCAAGCUCAGCCGCAACAAGAACAAACAUGUCUUAAACACCGUUGCGAGCACCACCGCGAGCACCACCGCGAGCACCACCGCAAGCACCAUCGUCCAGGAGCAACAGUGGGCUGACCUCAUUUCCCCGCUGGUCACCCAAACUGACCUCAUCUCCAGACCUGAAUUCACCUCUACGGAGUAUCAGCCUGGAGGAGGCGCUGACGGAGGUGCUGACAGGUCUGCCACUGGUGACAACACAGGAGGAGGUGCUUGUCUCAGCCUCCGCUACAACCUCCUCUCAGCCAACGCUGAGCUGAGAGUGGUGCUGAGGCCCGUGGCUGCUGCAGGAGUGGAGGGAUACCGACGGAGGGGCGUUCAGGGACACCUUAAGGAAGAGGAGGAGGAAGAGGAGGAGGAACAGGUGUUGUGGACGCAAGGACGUGUGGGGAGUCCUGGAGUGAUGGACGCCAUGGUUAACCUCCUUCCUGAUACACUGCCUUCACAAUACCAGUUGAUCCUGCGGGCGGUGGGCGUGGGCGCGGGCGGCGCCAGUGGUGGCGUGGAGGUCCGGGAGGUGAGUCUCAACACUGGUACGUGUACCGGCGGACCUUCGUGUAACUUCAACACCGGAUUCUGCUCCUGGAGGGUCUCCUACACGGGCGGUACCGUAUGGUACAUCCGCCCACACCAAGACUCUGGUGAGGAAGGCAGCCAUGCAGCCGUCCUGGUGGAGGGCAGCCCAGGAGAUACCACCUGUCUUAUCAGUGAGACCAUACCUGCCACCCUCAACCGCAAGGCCCUUACCUUCAGGUACAUCGUGAAGGGUACAAGUCGGUGUCUGUCAGUGGGACAACGACAGCAACGCACUGCCACCACUACCACCACCACUACUUCCACCACUACCACCACUACCACCAUCUGGGAGCAGUGCCGUGGCAAGGGUCUUCACUGGCUCUCUGAGUGUGUCACUCUACCGCCCUCACAGCAUCCCUACCAGGUGGUGCUGACGGCAGGGACAGCAGAGGCGUCGACGGAGGUGUGGGUAGACGAUGUAGAACUGCAGGAGGGAGGCUGCAACGACACCCUGCUAGAGAACGACUCCUUCAGCAGCUUCGACAAGCCCUCUCCCAGUCUAGACUCACCUCCGCAGUGGUGGUGUGAACCCCUGGGUUCUCUCUGUGGCAUGACUCAACCCAAGUCUGGUCACCGGGACUGGGUGUACGUGGAUACUCCUCCUCCAGAGAACGAAACGAGCAGCACCAGCAGUGACACCAGCAGCAACACCAGCAGCAACACCAGCAGCAACACCAGCAGCAACACCAGCAGCAACACCAGCAGCAACAUCAGCAGUAACACCAGCAGAAUGAAGGAGGUCGAGGCUGAGAAGAGUGGGUCAGCAGCAGUGGCUGUGGGUUCCUGUAAGGACGGUUCUCCCCUGCAGCAGUCGUGGGUGUGUGAUGGCAUCCCUGACUGUCCAGACCACAGUGACGAGGACGACUGUGAGUGUGAGAGAGGUGCAGGCUACCUGGAGUGCAGGUCAGGCGGCAGGUCACUGACCUACGACCUGCAGCUGGGCUCGGCUGUGUGUGCCGACGGAGCUUUCCGCUGCCCAUCAGGACGGGCGUGUGAGGGCGAGGGAUGUAAGACCACCCCCAGCCCAUGCCUACCUCGCAACCAUCUAUGUGAUGGCAUCGCCCACUGUACCCACGCUGAGGAUGAGGCCGCCUGCGUGGGCGUGUCCCGGACCACACCCACCCACGUUUCAAAAUGUGUGCUCCGUGGGCAGGUUGGGUGCGCCUACUGUGGCCCUGGUGAGUUCAUCUGCCCUACGUCAGGUGUGUGUGUGCCCCAGGAGCAGGUGUGUGACGGCUCACCUUCUCUGCCCUCCUGCACUGAUGAGCUUUACUGUGACGCUUGCCCUUUGGCUCACCUCGUCUGUGACGUCUGCGUCGCUAGCUUCCAGAUCUGUGACGGUGUGUGGGACUGUGAGGGAGGUGAGGAUGAGAGGGAGUGUGUGGGCGUGGGAGUGGAUGGCGUAGAAAACUGCGCCCAAGGCUUGUAUCGCUGUCCGUCCUGGCACUGUAUCCCGGAGCUCUCCGUCUGCGACCGUCGCAUUGACUGUCCUGACGGCGAUGAUGAACGACACUGUCUGGAUGAUAACUUUGAGGUGCUACGGUACAUCUCAGUGAAGCCGUCACUAUCGGAGAAGCCGGGGAAAGGGGGCGACGUCCCUAGCCGUUUAGUGACCCCCACGCUCCAUCAUCCUGACGGAGGCGUAGGCGUCCUCAGCUUCAAGUAUCGCCUGGAUGCCUGGCUCGGUGCCUCUAACGCAUCACUCAGCCUGGAGAUGGUGGAUGCUGAGGACCCGAGCGUGGGCUUGCGCCCAUGGGCGGUGUGGAAGCAGAGUGGUCACAAGGGACGCCAGUGGCUCUCAGCUAUGGUGAUCAUCCCACAGCAACCGUCACUUAACAAGUACAAGCUGGCAUUCUUGGUGUCACACGACGAGCAUAUUCAUGAGUCCCAGCAGCUCCACCUGUCUCAGCUGGCUUUCACUGUGGUGUCCCCACCAGCCCUCAACCAACUGGGUCAGGAGCUGUUGCAAUGUGAGUUUGAGGAGAGUUUGUGUGGAUGGUCACAACCCAGCACUGAGAGUGGGUACUCCUGGGUCCUGGCCAGAGCCUCGCCACACGCACGACGCACAGGACCCAUUACUGGUUAUCCUGACGUGGCUGGCUCAGGUUUCAUCUUCGCUGACUCUCUACACGGCUCUGAGGGAAGCACCGCUGACCUGCUAAGCCCUCCACUCCUCCUGCCGGAGGGACCAGAUCCAUCCCUCUGCUUCAGGUUCUCUGUCUUCCUCUUCGGCGCUCACGUGGCCAAGGUGUCAGUCCACACCUACCAGCUGCUUCCCGACGCCACCACCCACACCGCUGAGAUCUUCCACGCCGUGGGCGGCAAGGGCCUCAGCUGGAUGCCUGUGGGAGUGACGGUGGGGCGUGAGGACCUGGCCGAUGCCAGAGUGCCCUUGGUUCUCGCAGUUCGAGCCACUCGUGGACCGGGAACAGAGGCCGACAUUGCUCUGGACCACGUAGCUGUCCUGGCAGGUUCCUGCCACCUGCAACCGGUUCUCGAUCCGUACGUCACCCUCAACGCGUCCCUCAAUUACUCGGACGCCCAAGCGCUGUCUGCUGGGGUGGCCCUCACGCCCAUGGCCCCGCCAACGGAGGUCCAGGACACUGCCGAGCCCUGGGGGCCCUCGCCGGACCCGUGUGGGGCCCUGGGAUCGUGUAUGGCGUGUGUGGCGUGGGAGUCGGGCGUGGAGGAAGAGGAGGUGGAAGAGGCAGUUGCGUGUACCUGGUGUGACCUGACGCAGACCUGUGUGUAUAGUAAGAGCCCAGCAGCUGCAGCAUGCCCACACCACCUCACCGUCCACCACAACACCACGAAGUCGCAGCAGCGGCGGGGUCCUGGGUGGUGCCCACAGCUGGUGCUACGUCAGGAAAGGCAGGUGUUGGUGAGUGCAGGAUCCUCGCCCAUCCUUACCUUCCCAGUCCACAACAUCCAGCCCUUGCAGACAGAAAGUGGCUGGAUCUGUCUAUUUGAACCUCUGGAAGAUGAGGCUGGUGAUAACCAGGAAACAGGAGCAGAAGAGACGAGAGAACUCACGGAGGAAGACGAGAAGAAGGAAAGGCAGAAAAAGGAGGAAGUAGACGAAGAAGAAGAGGCCAAGGAAGCACUGGAGAAGAAACUGAAAGCGGAGGAAGACUUCGACUUCAAGAAGAAAAAGGCGGAAAUGAAAAGAACAAGGAAAGGGUGGAAGGUGACACGUGAGGGCAGCCUGCGUCUACCUGGCCAGUUUCAGGGUCGAGUAUUUGACAUGGGCGGCGGUGUUGGCACUGGCGUGGGCAUCACUACAGGUGUGGGUGUGGGAUCCAUCAGGUGCGGAGACGGUGUGACAGAGUUGCGCCCCUCCCCUGCACGCCCAUACGCCCACUACACAGUGAAGCUCCUGACUCCUGCUGGCGCUCUGCUGGACAACCCUGCUGACGUCAGAUUGGUGGUGUACGGGUGUGAUCUCCUUGCUUCCUCCUGCCCCUCCUGCGCCGCCGUCAACUCUACCUUCUCCUGUGGGUGGUGCCUGGCCACCCGUUCCUGCACUACCCACGCCCACUGCCUCGGAACCUCCUGGAUAGGCCCUGGGAGAUCAUGCGACUCGGAGGAGAACCUGAAAAGCCUCGGGGAACCCUUAUCGGAGCCUCGGCUGGGCCUGGGAGAAGUACUUCAGCCGCUGGACGAAGACGAGGAACACAAGCUUCACAAGAACGAUCUGACUGGCUUCGAUAACCUGGAAAGCUUCCUUGAAGGACAUGACCAGUCUGACGAUGUGGACGUGUUAGGAGACGAGGAGGAGGAAGGAGGAGACGAAGAAGACAUGGGCGACGCCACAGAGAGGAGACUGGGCGAGGAAGGGAAGAGAAACAAAAAGAAAAGAGGGAAUAAGAUCAAAAAAGCCGAGGGAGGGCCUGGUCGGGCAGAAGAUGCUGUCCUGGUCACAACUCCUGCAGAUCAUGUUGACACCAUGGUCAAUGACUCGAGCGCCAGGAAGCCUGGUCGUGUGGGAGGAAAAAAGAGAUCCGGAAAGCGACCCGUCAAGGGUAAACUGAAGGUUACCAGCCGAGGUCGCUCCUUCCUCCGUCUGCCUCAACACCCGGGGCUCUUUGUCGCUAGGGACGCCUGGAGGCUCCACACAGGUCGUCAGUACUACAUUCCCGUCACCAAGAAGACUCUUAUCAACCUGGGCUUCGUCAGGCAGGUGACCUACGGCAGUCUGGCAGAGGAGAAGACUCGCACCGUCCUUAUCAACGGUGCCUGGAAGAAAGCAGCAGGGUACUUCGUUGAUCUGUUCGAGAAGGUGGACCAUGACCCCGUUACCUCCGUCAUCACCACCAGCAGGAGCGUCUUCGAGCAGCUCCUGACGCAACUGCUUCCGGAGCAAUAGUUGACCAUCACCUGCUGACUCUAAACUCACCCUUCUUCAUCCUCUCUCUCUCUUACUACCAACCUCCCUCGCCCACUGACUCCCACCUCCUUCACCCACUGACAGAAAGCCACCUAACACUCUACAGGUUAAACCACCUCCAGUACCUUCACUAACACGUAGGGUUGUGAGGUGAACAUCAGUGCUAUUUUCAGAACCCUUCUGAUUUACUAUCAAUGUUUACAUCAUUCGCACAGCGGAUGUCUGUAGUUAACAUUAUUCAUGAGUCAGUUUGUUACGUUUAAGUUAAACAUAGUGUUAUUAUCAUCAUCAUUCAGAAUGUUAAGCUAAACACUGGAGGAUACUUGAUAUCUUCCCCACUAUUAUCUUCCUAAAACAGUGCAAAUAAUAAUUUAUUUUGGGAUUAUUCAGCGAUGAAAGAUGCAAAAUAACCUCAGGGGGAGUCGAAUUAUAGUUCUAGGCAUUCGUGUGGCAUUUAACACAUCGUCAGGAGCUUGCAAUGUUGCAGGAAUAGUGUAAGAAAUCCAGGCCGAUUACCCCGAACGAAUCUGUCUGGAUUUCUUACUCUAUUUCUGCACCAUUGUAAGCUCCUGAUAUCUUGAUUGCAACACGAAACAUAUAUAUAGUUAUCAUUUAACUCCCCUGUGGUUAUUUUGAGAUAUACUGAAGCCAAGUAAUCCCAUUUAUUUCCACUUGAUGUAGUACCAGUCUUGGUAUGCUCUUUAAGGCUUGUUUUAGUGUCAACAUUAACUGUCUUAUAUAAAAUUGUAUAUAACAUGUCAAUAAACUGAGCCCUACUCAAUAAAAUCUAUUAAACAUGA